AAGGUUCCUUCCAUAUAUAAUUGUAGAAACCCUGUGGGGUGUGAAAGGAGAACUAAGGAGAGCAUAGGAAAAAGGAAUUCCUAUAGCGAGAAGAAAAGAAAAAAAAAAAAACGAUGAGGGCUUCGAUCAAUCGGCCGCCGACCCCCGACGCGGAGGAGGAUCCGCCGCAGAAGGAGCUUUCCCUUCGCGAGAUCAUCAACAUCAAGUUGAUUGAGAGUGGGGAGAAGGAGAAGCUGAUGGAGCUUCUGAGAGAGAGGCUCAUAGAGUGUGGAUGGAGGGAUGAGAUGAAAGCCCUUUGCAGGGCUUAUGCUAGAAAGAAAGGGAGAAAAAAUGUCACGGUCGACGAUCUUGUUCAGGUCAUCACCCCAGAAGGCAGAGCAUCAGUGCCCGAUUCAGUAAAGGCGGAACUAUUGCAGCGCAUCCGUUCUUUUCUCGUGUCAUCUUCCCUGUGACAGAUCUGAGAUUCUAAAUAGCGAAAGCAAAAUAGCGAACGAUGGUCGGAGGAAAGCGGUGCUCAUAUCAGACGGUCUAUGUCAGAAGCAUUCUCACAAACCAUCUCCACGAAUUACAGAACUGAGCUCUACAUGCAGCUUUCUGAUACUGAGAACAGCAACAGCCCUCACUAUCAUCCAAUUGCCUGUGAGAUCUGUGUAUUCAUAAUCAUGAAAAAUUAUUAACUCUCUCUCUCUCUCUCUAUAUAUAUAUGCAUCUGUUUUAAUAAUAAAGAAUUAUGCCUUUUCCUAUAUCUGCCCUUAGGUAACUUAUUCCUAUGGUUCUCAAACUAUUGUGUGGGUUUUAUUUUAGUUCUCAAACUAUAAUUUGUUGCUGUUAUAUCGACAAACCGUUUUUGUGAGGAAUAAAAGGGUGAGAUUUAAAAAUACAAUAAAUUAAACUUUUGAGGAUUGAAGUGCAACAUAGGCAAGAGAGUUUGAGGACCAUUAAUGUAAUUUAUACCCUUCUGUUUAAGUGCAAAUAUAUGUUUCAAUUUC